AUAACGCAGGAGGAUUAUGCCGCCAUCCUCGACAAAGUCCCGGAAGGUUUAUUCUACAGGUUCCCGCUGAGUGUAGUGAACGGAGUACCGCUAAUGAAACCCAUCGCGGAUCAAUGGGAAGGUGUCGAAAAAUUCCAAGCCAGACCAGACGAUCUCCUCAUAGCGACUUAUCCCAAGGCAGGCACUACAUGGAUGCAAGAGAUUGUGGACUCCAUAAUGAACAAUGGUGAAUUAGAGAAGAACAAGCGUGCUCCCACCCAUGUACGUUCUCCAUUUCUGGAGAUCUGCUCUCCACCACCCGUUCCUUCCGGCGUAGAAGUCUUGAACAAUACUCCAUCCCCCAGGCUGGUAAAAACCCAUCUGCCCUAUGAGUUGGUACCGAAAUCUUUUUGGGAACAUAAGUGUAAGACAAUAUACGUUGCUCGGAACGCGAAGGACAACGCAGUGUCGUACUAUUUCUUCGAUCUGAUGAAUAAAACUCAGCCUGACCCCGGGACCUGGGAUCAGUACGUGGAAAAGUUCCUAACGGGUGAAGUGGCCUGGGGAAACUGGUUUGACCACGUGAUUGGCUGGUGGAAUGCCAAGGACAAGCACAACAUCCUCUAUGUGUUCUAUGAAGAUAUGAAAGAGAACCCAAAACGAGAGAUCCAAAAGGUGAUGACAUUCUUAGGGAAGAACCUCUCAGAAGAAGUGUUGGAUACAAUUUGCCACCACACCACUUUCAAAGCCAUGAAGGAAAACCCAAUGGCAAAUUAUUCCACCGUUCCAAAUAUGCUGCUGGACCAGACUCUCUCGCCCUUCAUGAGGAAAGGUGAGGUUGCAGACUGGAUGAAUUAUUUCACCGAAUCCCAAAAUAAAAUGUUCGACGUGGAAUAUGAGAAGAGAAUGAAAGGCACAGACCUGAAAUUCCGCACCAACAUCUGA